GGAGCAGCCAUGUCAGUGCAGGUGGUGACCCCUGGUGACAUGGGCCUGGUCCCCGAGCGCCUGAGCCCUGAGGAGCUGGUACGACAGACACGGCAGGUGGUGCAGGGGCUGGAGGCGCUGCGGUCUGAGCACCGAGGCCUGGCCGGCCACCUGGCAGAGGCUCUGGCAGGACAGAACCCGGCUGCCAGCUUGGAGCUGCUGGAGGAAAAACACCAGGUCGUGAGCCACUCCCUGGAGGCCAUCGAGCUCGGUCUGGGAGAGGCACAGGUGCUGUUGGCACUGUCGGCACACGUGGGUGCGCUGGAAGCAGAGAAGCAGCGGCUGCGGGCACAGGCCCGGCGUCUGGCCCAGGAGAACUCAUGGCUACGUGAGGAGCUGGAGGAGACGCAGCGGCGCCUGCAGGCCAGUGAGGAGGCCGUGGCCCAGCUGGAGGAGGAGAAGAGUCACUUGGAGUUCCUGGGGCAGCUGCGGCAGUAUGACCCCCCGGCGGAGGGCCAGUCCGAGUCUCCACCUCGCCGAGACAGCCUGGCCUCACUGUUCCCCAGUGAGGAGAAUGAGAGGAAAGGUGCUGAGGCGGCAGGAGCUGCAGCGGCCCAGCAGGGUGGUUAUGAGAUCCCUGCCCGCCUCCGGACCCUACACAACCUUGUGAUCCAGUAUGCAGGGCAGGGCCGCUAUGAGGUGGCUGUGCCUCUGUGCCGCCAGGCCCUGGAAGACCUGGAGCGGAGCCUGGGUCACUGCCACCCGGAUGUGGCCACCAUGCUCAACAUCUUGGCGCUGGUGUACCGGGACCAGAACAAGUACAAGGAGGCCACAGACCUUCUGCACGAUGCUCUGCAGAUCCGGGAGCAGACGCUAGGCCCCGAGCACCAGGCGGUGGCUGCCACCCUCAACAACUUGGCAGUCCUCUAUGGGAAGCGUGGGCGCUACCGAGAGGCAGAGCCCUUAUGCCAGCGUGCCCUGGAGAUCCGUGAGAAGGUCCUGGGCGCCAACCAUCCAGAUGUAGCCAAGCAACUCAACAACCUGGCGCUGCUUUGUCAGAACCAGGGCAAGUUUGAGGAGGUGGAGCGUCACUACGCCCGGGCCCUGAGCAUCUAUGAGGCCCUGGGUGGGCCCCACGACCCCAGCGUGGCCAAGACCAAGAACAACCUGGCCUCAGCCUACCUGAAACAGAAUAAAUACGAGCAAGCAGAAGAGCUAUACAAAGAAAUCCUCAGCCGGGAGGACCUGCCCGCCCCUCUCGGAGCCCCCACCACAGGCAAAGCAGGAGAUGCAGAUCCACAGGCCCUUCGCCGGAGCAGCUCCUUCUCUAAGCUUCGAGAGUCCAUCCGACGAGGAAGUGAGAAGCUGGUCUCCCGGCUCCGAGGCGAGGGGGCGGCAGGGAUGAAGAGGGCCAUGUCGCUCAGCAUGCUGAACGUGGAUGGUCCGAGGGCUGCAGGGACACAGUUCCCCCACCGACACCUGAGUGACAUCUCGAGGACCCUCAGUGCCAGCACCCAGGACUUGGGCACCCAAUAA